UCUGCUGGCCCACGGUGUUGCUCCCUCGCAGGACACACUGCAGAGGAUGAGCUCAGCUGAUUUUGUGCCUCCCCGUUAUUAUGUCCGCGAUCGGGCGCCGCCAACACCCAAAGUCAGUGCGGCAAAACAGGCGAGUGGCGCUCAACAUCUCGUCUAAUGAAUGAGUGCGCAGGAAGAAGUAUGAGUCACGAAUGAGGUCUGCAGGAUGUCUUUCAAGAAGGAAACACCCCUGGCUAAUGCUGUGUUUUGGGCAGCGAGGAAGGGGAACUUGGCUCUGCUUCAACUGCUACUCAACAGCGGGCGAGUGGACGCAGACUGCAGAGACAGUUAUGGAACAACAGCGCUGAUGGUGGCAUCAUACAGCGGCCAUUAUGACUGUGUUAAAGAGCUUAUCAUGCAAGGGGCUGAUAUCAACUACCAAAGAGAGACAGGUUCUACCGCUUUGUUCUUCUCCUCCCAGCAAGGACACCAUGAAGUUGUAAAGCUCCUCUUUGAAUUCGGUGCCUCCACUGAAUUCCAGACAAAGGAUGGUGGCACAGCUCUCACUGUCGCAUCUCAGUACGGUCACUCCAAAGUGGUGGACAUCCUGCUGAAAAAUGGAGCCAAUGUUCACGACCAGCUCAACGAUGGUGCCACCCCUCUUUUCCUUGCUGCCCAAGAGGGUCAUGUGACUGUGAUUCGUCAGUUGCUGUCAUCCGGUGCCAAGGUCAACCAAGCAAGGGAGGAUGGCACUGCCCCCCUGUGGAUGUCAGCCCAAAUGGGUCACAGUGAGGUGGUGAAGGUGCUGCUCUUACGUGGUGCUGAUCGGGAUGCUGACAGACAAGAUGGAUCAACAGCGCUGUUCAAAGCAGCGCUGAAAGGCCACAAUGGCGUCAUUGAGGAACUCCUCAAAUUUUCUCCAUCACUUGGCCUUCUUAAGAAUGGCUAUACUGCCCUUCAUGCUGCUGUUAUGAGUGGAAGUCUUCAAUCUGUUCUGCUGCUACUUGGAGCGAAUGCUGACCCAACGCUACUCAAUAAGAAUAGUGAACUCCCUGCAGAUCUGACAAAGAAUGAUCGCAUCCUUAAGGUUUUACGUCCAAAAAUCCUGAAUGGACACAGCUGAUAAUGGCACAGAUUCCUGCCUUCACGCUUGUCUGUGUAAGGAGGGGGAAAGAAAACAAGUGUCCAAUCCACCCAAUUACAACAUGUACUGUACACGGUGCUUGCUUUUGGUUGAAAUUAAGCUGUCGUAUGCCGAACAAACCUGGACAAAGUAUAGCGCAACACAAGAAACAU